AUGGCGUCGUGGGAUCUUCUAGAUGAUAAGGAGGAGCAGGAGCUGCACAAGACGCGCCUGGUCAACAUUGAGGAGAAGCCCUUCAAGCGAAUCACCAAGAGACUCGUGUCUGUCACAACAAUCGCAAACGCCCAAUUGAAACAACAACCCACACCGCCACCCGAGGGUGCAAAUGGCGAGAAGGAGGCCGGCGAAGAGACGAAACAGGAGGCUGCCACCAAGACCCUCCAAGAGAUCGACCAGAUCAAAGACGACCUUACCCUUGACUUCGCCGCCUUCGACAGCAGCAUCGCCCGCCUGCAAUUCCUCCUCGACGCCAACGUCCGCGAGCGCGAGCGGUACAAGGCUGACCAGCAGCGCAUCCUCGAAGAAUGCCAGAACGUGCGCGACAACAACACGCGACUGCGCGAGCAGCUCGAGGGCGCCAAGGCCACGCUUGCCCAACGUAAGGAGUACGACAAGCUCGCCAACGCGCUCAUGGCUAAGGGCCUGCGGCCGCGCGGCGAGCAGGAGACGAACCUCGCGAAGCUCGAGGAGGAGAUCCGCGACCUGGAGAAGGAGAGCGAGACGUACGCCAUCACCUGGCGCGAGCGCCGCGACCAGUUCAGCAAGAUCAUGGACGAGGGCAUGCUGUUGCGCAGACAGAUCCGCGACGAGAAGGAGGAGGUCGAGAGACGCGAGGGCAUGAACGAGGACGGCGAGGAGGACGGCGAGGCCUCGCGAGGCGGGCAAACGCCCCGACACGUCUCGAGCGGCAACGUCACGCCGCACCCGGACAGCGGCGCUGUCCCGAGACCGACUUCGGCGCAAGAUGGCAACUCGGAGGACCAGGCAGACGGCCUCAAGCCGCGAUCAGGUGGCCCAGGCAGCUUCUCGCGGUCCGGCAGUGCCGUCCCUAGCCAGAGCGGUACGCCCCAUCCCCAACAGGACGACGGCGAGAUCGAAGAGGGAGAGGAUAUCGAGAUGGACGACCAGCAGGACACUCAGAUCACUUCGGGAGGCGACACGCCCCAAAUCACGGUGGAUGCGCCGGACAGCAUGGAAGUUGACAACUAG